AUGGCAAAUGGUAUUGCUGAAUCCUUUAAUAACUGGAUUGUUGCUGAGCGUUCACUGCCCCCUUUCGCUAUGUUAGAUCAAACAAGAAUGAAAAAAAUGAAGAUGAUGUCAGAAAGAAGUGUUGAGUCGAAAUCUUGGACUAUCAAGCUUACUCCUAAAAUGGAGAAGAGGCUGAAAGAGCAGCUUGAUAGGUCUCGUGUGUUCAGGGUGAUUGCUUCCCAUGAAAAUGUUUAUGAGGUUAGGAAUGAUAAGUACUCCUAUUCAGUGGACCUCUCUACUCGUACUUGUUCAUGUGUGAAGUGGCAGAUUAAUUGCUUCCCAUGCGCUCAUGCACUUGCUGCUAUACAAGGUGCAAGACUUGAUGUGUAUGAUUUGAUUGAUCCUUAUUUUACUGCUGAAUACUAUAGGAUGUGUUAUAGCUUUCCUAUUGCACCUCUGAGUAACAUGGAUGCCUUUUGUUCUUCCACUGAGGACUUUAUACUACCUCUUCUUACAAAGAGGCCGGCUGGGAGGCCUAAAUCAAAGAGGAUAGCAUCUGCUGGUGAGAAGAAGCUGAUUCGAUGCGGUCGUUGUAAUAAGAUGGGCCAUCAUAACAAGAAGAGCUGUACGGAACCUUUGAACAUGUUGUUGUAG